CGUUCCCUUCAUGCCCAUACGAUAUGGCUAGCUCGCAUGUCUUUGGAUAUUCGAAGAGUACACGAGCCAAAUGCCAUGGGCCGCCCCCUUGUAAGGGGUCCCCUAUGGCACCCGGUAGCCUGAGAUACGGACAGCUUAAAUCGACCAACUUGGGCGAGAAUGUAGAGUGGAUGCAUUGGGGAUGUGUAACGCCUGUUAUUCUCGCACAACUUUCCAACGUGAACUUGGAGACAAUCGAAGGCUUCAAGGACCUGCAAGCGCAUGACCGGCACAAGAUUCGAGAGGCCGUCAGGCUGCGGCGCAUAGACCCGGCUGAUGUUCCCCCAAGUGCCAGAGUCGCGGCUGCACCCCCUCCUGCCUCUCAGACGACAAGGAAGCGGAAGGCACCCGAACCAACCCCGCAGUCCUCUACAAGUCAAGCAUCCUUCAGCACGCCCGGUCCUUCUCGACUCUCUCAAGCCAUCGAAGACGAGGCCACCGAGGACAAUACUGAGGAAGCUGCGGACGAGCUUUAUUGCACGCUAUCCACGGGUGUUGUGGGUAUUCAGUACUACACUGGACUCGUUGGCGCCGGCGAAGAGGUGCAGCUCAUCCGGGAGCCCAACAACCGCUACGACCGCAAUGCCAUCCGUGUCUCCAACAUCGCGGGCUCACAAGUCGGGCACAUUCCCAAGAACGUCGCCGCACGCCUCGCACCCCUGCUAGACCGAGGCGAAAUCACUGUUGAGGGCGUCAUGAAGCAAGGCAACUUGGGCUCAAAGGCCAAAAAGUACAGUUUAGAUGCUGAAAUCAGGAUAUACGGUCGCUCAGACCGACGCCGCGAGCUCGAACCUAAGCUCAUCUGGGCAACGCCCGGUCAACGGGGCUUUGAGCAGCUCCGGAACCCCACUGCUUCCUCCUAUGGCGGUGGUGGCGGCGGCUACGGCGGCGGCAUGCCCCUUCCCCCCAUCCCAACGUACACCGGGGCGGCGUCGUCUUCACGAAUGACUAAUGCCCAGAUAGAGGCGCUCAAGAAGCAACAAGAGGCCCUGAACAACGCCGCCGAGCUGAAGCAGAUGCUCAGCGGGCUGGAGAAGGUGGACGACGAGUCGCGGAGGAACUCGGUGUUGGAUACGUUGUGCUCGGUGGACGAUGUGCUGAAGUUGCCGGAGCACCCUGAUCCGCCGGGGGUUGCGAAGGGGGAUCUGGUGGUGGAGUUGUUGAAGCAUCAGAAACAAGCGCUGCAGUGGGCGAUUGAGCACGAGUAUCCGAAGCUGCCGGCGUCGGAGAAAGAUCCCCCUGUGCAGUUUUGGCAGUACAAGCAGAUGGCGGGGAGGCCGUACUACUACAACUUGGCCACGAAGACGCCUCAAAGUACCGCUCCUACACUUGGCAAAGGCGCCCUGUGCGCGGAUGCGAUGGGUUUGGGCAAAACCCUGACCAUGAUUGCCCUCAUCCUCGCCACCAAAGCCGACAAGCCCUCCGGCUGCAUCAAGGGUACUCUCAUCGUCGCCCCCCUCUCCAUCAUCUCCAACUGGGAGAAGCAAUUGGAGGACCACUGCGCGCCCGGCGCGCUCAAGUCGUGCACCUACUACGGCGCCACGCGCGGCAUGUCAGCCGAGGAGCUGAAAAAGUACGAUGUAGUGAUCACCACUUACCAAGUUAUCUCGGGGGAGUGGGCGGACCGGGCGGGGACCGGGCAGCCGGCGAGGAAGAAAAAGAAGGGCGUGGCGGGGGGCAGUUUGUUCGAUGUGAAGUGGAAGCGCAUCGUGCUGGACGAGGGGCACAGCAUCCGCAACCCAAGAGCGAAGAUGACGCAGGCUUGUUGCGCGCUGGAGGCCGACCGUCGCUGGGUGCUGACAGGCACACCUAUUCCGAAUUUGUCGCUGACGGCGCCCUCACAGGAUUUGGGAUCUCUGCUAUCCUUCCUACGUAUCUGCAAGCCUUUGGACGAGGAAGACUUCUUUAAGCGUCUUUUACUGCGCCCGCUGAAGGCCGGCGAUCCAUCCGGGGCGGAGAUCUUGAGAGUAAGCCGGUCGAUGUCGGCAAGCUUUUUACAAAGUCUGACAAGGGACUCGGAAGGCACUUCACUUGUUCCAUUGCCUCCUGUUGAUGUCACGGUCGUUCCUGUUGCUCUCGAUCCAGAGACAAGGGCAAGCAGUCUUAUGAGCACGGUCGACAUACUGGCUGAUGUGCACGCAGAAAAUAUACGACGAGGUCGAGGAAUUAACACCGCCAGCGUCCUCAGCAUGCUCACCCGUAUGCGUCAGCUAGCCCUCCAUCCGGCACUCAUUCCGCCCGACUACCUCGAGCAGCUCAAAGCCGGGCAGGAGCAGGGCGGCGCUGCCCCAGUCAAAGUUAUCUCGCCCGCGGACCGGGCCCGUCUGCAGGCCAUACUCGCUCGUCACAUCGAAGACUGCGAGGAAUGCCCGAUCUGCUUCACCAUUCCCAACGACCCCAGGAUCACGUCGUGCGCGCAUAUGUUUUGCUUGCCUUGCAUCACCGAAGUCAUCGCCCGGGACCCCAAGUGCCCCAUGGACCGCCGGCCGCUCACCCUCGGCGACCUCAUCGAGCCCGCGCCGCCCAUGGACCUCACGCAGGCGCCCGUCAGCGAGUUCGAGGAGGACCGCACGGGCAUCCGCGCGGGGUCGUCGGCAAAGAUCGACCAGUUGGUGAAGCUGCUGCAGCUGAAUCCGCCGGCGGAUAAGUCGCUGGUGUUCUCGCAGUUCACGUCGUUUCUGGAUAAAAUUGCGGAGGCGUUGGAUGAGGCUGGCAUUCCCUAUGUUAGAUUCGAUGGUCAGAUGUCCGGCAAGAGACGCGAAGAGGCUAUACGUCGCUUCUCCGUGCCCAUAAAGCCAACCGACACUGGUGCCGCCAUACCUACCCCAACACCAGCUGCAGCUCGCCCUCUUGCGGGCGGCCCUUCGCCCAUCAAGCCUCGCCGCCGUGCUCAACGCACUGGCAAGGCAAUCGUCGAUUUGGACAGCGACGACAUCGAGGCUGCGGGUGAUGACGAUUUCGUCAUGAACGGGGAGGACGACGACGACGACUUUGAGGAAGACUUCGCUCAGGCGAUCAAAGGAAAGGGCAAGGGCAGAGCGACAGCGCCAUCGAAGUCAGCCGCGUCGAACUGGCUGCCGGGCGGCGUGAAUCCGAAGGUUAUGCUCAUUUCGUUGAAGGCGGGUGCUCUGGGUCUGAACUUGACAGUGGCGAACAAUGUCUACCUGAUGGACCCCUGGUGGCAAGAAGGCAUCGAGAGUCAGGCUAUCGACCGCGUCAACCGAAUCGGCCAGACGAAGCCCGUGCACGUUUAUCAGAUGAUCGCUGAGGACACGGUUGAGUCCAAGGUCCUCGAGAUCCAGGAGCGCAAGAAGAAGCUGAUUCAGCAGGCCUUCUCCGGCAUGAAGCGCACGGAGACGCAACGCCAGCAGCGUGAGGCCAGACUUCAGGACCUCAUCCAGAUCUUCGGCGUACAGCAGAACGGGCAAGGGAAUGCUUAGAACUAAACUGAACUGCUUGUGCUGCUAUUUUUCUGCUUAGAACCCCCUCCACCUACUUACAUUUAUCCGGAACAAGCUGUUUACUAACGUACCUACUUGUGCUAAUACAUCUUGGGCUGCAACCCACUGUUUAUUGGU